GAGAGAAAGAGUGGAGUGUCGUUUAGUUUGAUAAUAAUAGCUCGGCCCCCAAAUCGCCUCUUAUUAACAUUCUCUGCCACUCCACUCCACUCCUCUCUCCCCUCUCCUAUCCUCCUCCGCCGACUCUCUCUCCCUUACCUCCGGCGAUCUCUCAUCUCCCCCCACACUCUCUCUCUCUAGCUUUCUCUCUCUAGGUCUCGGUUCCUCUUCCUCCACAAUGUCCGCCUCUCCAAUCUGAACCUGAAAGCUUCCAUUUCCUCUCUCUCUCUCUCUCUCUCUCUCUAGACAUAUGUGUGUAAUAUAUAUGUACGCGAUAAUAUCUACAUCUAUAUAGAUAUAUAUCUCUUUGUCUGUAGUUUUAGAGUCAUUAUGGUGGUUGGAGAAUGCGAAGGGUGCUGAUUCACGGAGAGAACGUGAAAUGCAGCUUGCUUUUUUAUGUGGAUUUUUAAGAUUCGAGUUUGAACGCAUUUGAGCUUGAUUUCAGAUCUGGAGCUGUUGAUUUUGAUUUUGGAGAGAACUUAUGGUGCAUUUGGUGUGUGAAGGGUUGUUUUUGAGGUCGUGGAUGAGAAAUUAGGGUUUUUUUGGGGGGUAUUUGGUGGUUUUGUUCGUUUUCGUGUUUCUUGAGUUUGGAUUUGAGGAUGAAUCGAAGUUUUAGGGCUCAGGAAUCGCAAAUGCAGGGGUCGGUGAAGCAGAGGCAGCAGAUGGCGAGUAUGAGGACGUCGAUGAUCAAGGAUAAGGAAGAGGAGCUCUCGUUGUUUCGCGAGAUGCGAAAGCGCGAGAAGGAUCGGAACAAUCUUCUCCUUCACAACUCAGAUGAAUUUGAUGCUCCGCUUGGAGCAAAACCAGGCACUUCUCCCAUUUUCAAUAUUACAUCAUCUACACCGGCAAGGAAGACUGGUGCUGAUGAUUUCCUCAAUUCUGACAACGAUAAAAAUGAUUAUGACUGGCUUCUAACCCCUCCCGGUACUCCUCUUUUUCCUUCCUUGGAGAUGGAAUCACAGAAAACUGUUACGAGUCAGAUCGGAACUCCUAAAGCUCGGCCUACUGCACUGAAAUCUAGACUAGCAAACCCCCAGCUAGAGCCUGCUUCUAGGUCACACUCGGCAUCCAGACACUCAGCUUUAUCCCCUGGGUUGAAUACUUCAUGUAUAGGAGUUCGCAGGCCCUCAUCAUCAGGGGGUCCAGGAUCCAGACCAGUGACACCAACUGGACGCUCAACAAUGGCCUCAGCAGCUAAACCCACACUGACCACAGCACCUAAAUCCACAUCGACUACAGUGUCUAAACCCACAUCGACCACUGUGUCUAGACCUUCAAGGUCUUCUACACCCACUUCUAGGGCUACAUUGCCUUCAAGUAAGCCCACAGUUCCAGCAAGAUCCUCUACGCCGUCCAGGACUACUGCAAGAUCUUCGACACCGACAUCUAGGCCCACCAUACCAGCAUCAAAACCCACAUCAAGGGCAACAACACCAACUCGUAGACCAGCCACAAUUUCAACUGUAACAAAUACAUCUGCUCCUCCAGUGAAGUCUCCUGCUUCCUCGGUUUCCAAGCCAGGUCACACAACAGCUAGAAAUCCAGUGCCACCACGUGCUAGUUCUCCAACCGUGAAAUCCAGACCGUGGAAACCUUCAGAGAUGCCUGGUUUCUCCCUCGAUGCACCACCAAAUUUAAGAACCACCCUUCCCGACAGACCGCUUUCAGCCACUAGGGGCAGGCCCGGAGCACCUAGUGCUCGUUCUUCUUCUGUUGAGCCUGUUUCUAAUGGAAGGGUUAGACGGCAAUCGUGCUCUCCUUCAAGAGGACGACCCCCCAAUGGAAUUAUUCACAGCAGUGGAAGCUCUGUUCCUGCAAUCAGUCGUGCACAUGCUAAAGCUAACGACAAUGUGAGCCCUGUUAUGAUUGGAACCAAGAUGGUUGAAAGAGUAAUAAAUAUGAGGAAACUGGUCCCACCAAAGCAAGACGACAAACAAUCUCCUCGUAGUAACUUAUCAGGAAAGUCUUCAUCCCCUGAUGGCUUUGGAAGAACACUCUCAAAGAAAUCUCUGGAUAUGGCUAUAAGGCAUAUGGAUAUAAGGCGGAGCAUUCCAGGCAAUUUAAGACCGUUGAUGACAAAUAUACCGGCAUCCUCUAUGUAUAGCGUGCGAUCAGGCCCCACACGAAACAGGACGGUUAGUGUUUCAGACUCCCCUCUUGCAACAAGCAGUAAUGCUAGUUCUGAAAUGAGUGUCAACAACAACGGCCUGUGUGGAAAUGGAAAUGAAGUAGAUGAUGAUAUUAACAGUGAUAAAGGCACUCGAUCUCCUCCCAGUUUGCGGGGUAGGUGAAUGGUGAGGACCUUCUAUCCUUGAUGAUAUUGACUGCUUUUCUUAUCCACUUUGUAAUUUUAUUUUGAAUCUUUAUCAGCAUGACAAUUGAUAGAGACAAUUGCUUUCAGGAGAAAACCUCUGACGGGUUGAUCUGGCUCUCAUAUGAUUUAUGUAAAGUUGAAUGGAUUCGAUUAGCUAAGUUCAUAGUAUUCAAUGCUGUUGUACUAUUAGAACAAUGUUUGAACCAACUUUGGGGCUCUCAGUUCUGGAGAGAGGUGACGUAUUCUGAACUUGCUUUUAUAAUGUUGACCUUCUAGUUGAGACCGGAAA